AUGGCUCUCAAGCCAAAGAAUAAGAAAAAACAGCAUCACAACCAGCAAUCUCCAGGCAAGAAACAAGUCCAGAAACCCAAAUCUUGGCUCGACCUUCCAAGGCAACUCCACAACAUCGCAGAAGGGAACCCGAAUCUCCACAAAAACAUCAAUGUUGGGGGCAUAAUCAAGUCAUGGAGAACAUCACCAAAGCAGUGCAAUUCACAUUCCAAACUUCCUUGGCUUCAACUCUGCAACCCUGAUGCCGCAAACACUGAGAAAUACCAUAGGCACGUUGCAUGGAGUGGCUCCAUCGAAAUUUCAACUGCAUACAUGCCCUUUGGGCGUUGGCUUAGACCCUUCAUCAGAAAACUGGCAAGGUACCCUUGGAAAAAUUAUGUGGGGUGCUCUCAUGGCAUCCUCGUCGCUGAGGCUGCAUCCCUUUACAUGUACAAUCUGUGGAAUCCAAGAAAUAGAGAAACGUUUCGUCUUCCUUUAUGGGAUCCCAAGGUACCAAUUAAACUCGUUGUGCUUUCUUCACCACCUGAAGAUCAUAACUGCACGGUUAUGGCACUAACAGGAAUUGGUCAUCCCGCUUUCGCAUUUUACAAACUAAAAAGAAGGUCUAAUGGUUCAUGGAUAACACCAGAGCCUCAAUGGACCAUGCAAGAUUGUACCCUUACUGAGCCAUUGGGGAGGGAACAACAGGUUGUGCAAUUGACUAAUGCAAUUGGAUUUCAAGUCACGGAUUUAAGUAGCAAAAGGAUAAUUCCUUCGGUUUCUUCAAAUCAUUUCAGAGAAUAUUUGCUUGAGUCCGAGGGAGAAAUUUUUCUGGUUCUUCUUUUAUCGAGAAAAUCAUCUGUGCAUAGUUUGGAUGGUGUUGAGGUUUAUCAGCUUAAUAUGGCUAGACUCUCUUGGUUUAAGGUGGAAAGUGUUGGGGAAAGAGCAGUGUUUGUGGGGAGUAAUUGUAGCGUGUCUGUGGUGGCAAGUGAAGUAGGAUGUAGGAGGAACUGCGUCUAUUUUAGGCACCUUGUAGAUGAUGAUGAAUGGAACGUAUAUGACAUGGAAAUAGGUAGCAUUUCACAAGGUUGGAGUGAGGCAAAUCCAACCAUAUCAUCUGCAAUUAUUUGA